AAUUUCUCCAGCUGUCAGUUCUAUCAUUCUUUCUUUCUUUCAUCUUUUUUUUAAUCAUCACAUUGUGUUUGCAAGAGACGGUUUGGUUGGUGUGAAGUGGAGGGGAUGCUCUUUGCUUUCAAUUGACGAAGAAACUGACAGUAAUCAUAAUGUUUCAGAGUAUCAAAGCAAGCAGGUUGAGGAGGUUUCCUGUGUACUCUGGAAUCUAUAGAACUUCAAUUAGGUGUUCUUCUGACUUAAUGGAGGCACCCAUCAAGGGCAUUCUUUCUCUGCGAAGGACAGCUUUGGCUUGGCAUCAGAGCUAUGCGAGGAGCCUAGGCUUUAGGACAUUCAGCAAUCAGGGUGCAACAACUGCUAAUACUCCACAGCCUCCACCACCUCCCCCACCUCCAGAGAAAACCCAUUUUGGUGGUUUGAAGGAUGAAGACCGGAUUUUCACUAACUUAUAUGGGUUGCAUGACCCUUUUCUAAAAGGUGCCAUGAAACGAGGUGACUGGUACAGAACCAAAGACUUAGUUCUCAAGGGUGCUGAUUGGAUUGUUAAUGAGAUGAAGAAGUCUGGCCUCCGUGGACGUGGUGGUGCUGGGUUUCCAUCUGGCCUUAAGUGGUCUUUCAUGCCAAAAGUAUCUGAUGGCCGACCUUCCUAUUUAGUUGUCAAUGCCGAUGAAAGUGAACCUGGUACCUGUAAAGACAGGGAAAUCAUGCGUCAUGAUCCACACAAACUAUUGGAGGGUUGCCUUAUUGCUGGGGUAGGGAUGAGGGCUAGUGCUGCUUAUAUCUAUAUCAGAGGUGAAUACGUGAAUGAACGAAUAAACCUUGAAAGGGCCAGAAAGGAAGCCUAUGAAGCUGGAUUAUUGGGCAAGAAUGCAUGUGGAUCUGGUUAUGAUUUUGAUCUUCAUAUCCACUAUGGGGCCGGUGCUUAUAUUUGUGGAGAAGAAACGGCACUUUUGGAGAGUCUUGAAGGAAAACAAGGGAAGCCAAGAUUGAAGCCACCUUUUCCAGCUAAUGCUGGGUUAUAUGGCUGCCCUACCACUGUGACAAAUGUGGAAACAGUGGCUGUUUCUCCUACCAUUUUAAGGCGUGGCCCCGAGUGGUUUGCCAGUUUUGGUAGGAAGAAUAAUUCGGGGACAAAAUUGUAUUGCAUAUCUGGACACGUGAACAAGCCUUGCACUGUUGAAGAGGAGAUGAGUAUACCAUUGAAAGAGUUGAUAGAAAGGCACUGUGGAGGUGUUAGAGGUGGAUGGGACAAUUUACUUGCUGUAAUUCCUGGUGGUUCAUCUGUGCCACUGAUUCCCAAGCAUAUAUGUGAUGACGUGCUGAUGGAUUAUGAUGCACUCAAGGCUGUCCAGUCGGGACUUGGGACUGCAGCUAUGAUUGUGAUGGAUAAAUCAACUGAUGUUGUGGAUGCAAUUGCAAGGCUUUCUUAUUUCUACAAGCAUGAGAGCUGUGGGCAAUGCACACCUUGCAGGGAGGGGACAGGAUGGCUUUGGAUGAUUAUGGAAAGAUUGAAGGUUGGGAAUGCAAAACUGGAAGAAAUUGACAUGCUUCAGGAGGUGACCAAACAGAUUGAAGGGCACACUAUCUGUGCAUUGGGAGAUGCUGCUGCUUGGCCUGUGCAGGGUCUAAUUAGGCAUUUUAGGCCAGAGCUUGAGAGAAGGAUCAGGGAGCAUGCAGAUAGGGAGCUGCUGGAGGCUGCUGCUUAAGCUUUCUACUCAGGCGAAGUGCUUUACUGCUUGCUAUCAUCCAAUAAAAUGAAGAGUGUCCCCAGAUUUUGUGAAGAUAGGUUAUUCAGGCAUCUGGCUGUCCUUUUGGUGUUAUGUUUAUUCCUAAGCUAUACAAAAUGUGACUUCAUUCACUUUCAACGAGGAAACCAUGAUUCUUUCUGGAUGUGUCGGGAAGGCAUUAAGUGAUGCUAUGUGUUUCAUUUCA